CGUUAACAAGCAGCACGGAGCGUCAUUUGAACUCCAGUCACUGACAGACGCGUCUCACGGCUGCCUCCGUAAGACACAUGCGCCAGUCCUCGACGAAAGGGACACACGCCGACGACCAGAACACACUCAGUGGUCCCCAGUCACCUGCUAUUAGAGACACUUUGGGCUUUUCCACUGCUGGGAGACGCUUUGUGAAAGUCCUCCAUGAUGCUUGGAGCAGUUAAAAUGGAAGGACACGAACACACCGACUGGAGCACCUACUACGGAGAGCCCGAGUGUUACACCUCGGUUGGCAACAUGAACACGGGCCUGGGAAUGAACUCUAUGAAUACCUACAUGAGCAUGUCCGGCAUGAGCACCACGGCCAACAUGACGGCCAAUUCCAUGAACAUGUCGUACGUCAACACGGGCAUGAGCCCCUCCAUGACGGGCAUGUCACCGGGCACCGGAGCCAUGAACGGCAUGGGCGCGGGCAUGACGGCCAUGAGCGCAGCCCUCAGCCCCAGCAUGAGCCCCAUGACGGCGCAGCCCGCGUCCAUGAACGCGCUGACAUCGUACACCAACAUUAACGCCAUGAGCCCCAUCUACGGACAGUCGAACAUCAACAGGUCCAGAGACCCGAAGACCUACCGCAGGAGCUACACGCACGCCAAGCCCCCGUACUCCUACAUCUCCCUCAUCACCAUGGCCAUCCAGCAGUCCCCCAGCAAGAUGCUGACUCUGGCUGAGAUCUACCAGUGGAUAAUGGACCUCUUCCCCUUUUACCGACAGAACCAGCAGCGCUGGCAGAACUCCAUCCGCCACUCUUUGUCUUUCAAUGACUGUUUCCUCAAAGUGCCCAGGUCGCCGGAUAAACCCGGAAAGGGCUCCUUUUGGACUCUGCACCCGGACUCCGGGAACAUGUUUGAGAACGGCUGCUACCUGAGGAGGCAGAAGCGCUUCAAGUGCGAGAAGAAGAUGGCCAUGAAGGACACCGGCCGCAAGGGAGACGGCGGCUCCUCCAACAGCAGCUCCGAGAGCUGCAACGGCAACGAGUCCCCGCACUCCAACUCCUCCUCCGGGGAGCACAAGAGGUCCCUGUCGGACAUGAAGACGAGCCAGGCCCUGAGCCCGGAGCACACCGCCGCCUCCCCGGUGACGCAGGGCCAGCACCUCAUGUCCCAGCACCACUCGGUGCUGGCGCACGACGCCCACCUGAAGCCGGAGCACCACUACUCCUUCAACCACCCCUUCUCCAUCAACAACCUCAUGUCCUCAGAGCAGCAGCAUCACAAAAUGGACCUAAAGACUUACGAGCAGGUGAUGCACUACUCUGGCUACGGCUCCCCCAUGACCGGGGCCCUGUCCAUGGGCUCCAUGGCGGGGAAAGCCGGCCUGGAUUCCUCAUCCAUACCCGACACGACUUACUAUCAAGGUGUCUAUUCCAGGCCGAUCAUGAACUCCUCAUAAACUCUGCCUUCCCUCCCAGCAGAUGUGGACUUUCUUCGCAUUCGAUUUGUACAUUUGUAAAAAACAAAACAAACAAAAAAAUAUAGACUUUGUGUACAAUAUGUAUUUCAGAUAUUUUUGACGUUUCCCACCGUUUUAGUUGUCGAGUUUGUUCGUAGCCUAAUUAUUUUGAGAGAGGAUGUCGAUAAUAUUAAUAAUUAUAAUAAUAAUAAUUAAAGUGACGAUAAUGUGACCAGAUCUGUUCAGAAGUCUGCUUCAGGAAUGGACCCCAAAGAUAAAGUUGCUGUAAAAUAGCCUCCAUCUGCAUCACUGGGAAUGAAUUUGAAAUGCCUCGCAGGAUUUGUUCAAUCAUUUGUGUAAUUCCUAUUUAUGGCUUGUAUAUGUGUAUUCUUGUAGU